AUGCCGACGGUGGUGAGUUCGCGGACGUUGGUGCCCAUUGGACGGCGAAUUCGCAAUGCACCGGAAGAUUCGGACGCGUCCAAGGCCAUUGUGCUCCGACGCAAACAGCAGAAUGACACGGAGGAUCUGUCCAAAGCAUUGAUCAUUCGCCCUUCACACGAUGCCAAAGACGACCGCCAGGCCUUGGUUCUCUAUCGCAAAAAGGGCGCACAGGAAAUGCUACGCGAACUUGUUGCAUGGCACAAGAGUUCUGCCCUUCUCCCCCCUUUCAAGCUCGACGAUCUCUUGCGUAUCGCAGAUUCACAGUUCAUGGCUUGCUUGAGCGAACUCCAGAAUCUACAAGAUCCCCUAUACUUCUUUGAUGAUAUCACCGAAACCAUCGAACACACUCGCGAAUAUGUCUUGUUCACCGAGCAUGGUGGCAGCGACCCUACACAAAAUCCACAGUUUGUUACGUCAGCUAUUGCUUAUCGCAUCCACAAUGCUUAUUUCAAGACCGCCGCCUGGAAGUAUGUCCGUGACCAUGCGAAGCUACUCAAAGACCUCGAAUUGGAUGAUUCGAAUAUCUUUGCCCAAAUCAAGGCCAACCCGGCGUUGUCUACCGCAUAUCUCGAGCUUCAUGGUAUGCUCAAGCUCAUCGAGGCGUCUGGCCAAAAGGAACUGGGUUUACUGGCUGCCGCUACUAAACACUACAUGCGACAUGUCAAAGAAUCCAGUAACGGACUCGUCUGGGAUCCCGAAGCUGGUCUCAAACUUCACAAGUCAUUGGUCGAUACCAUUAUUAUCGAGAUGGUCUUUCCCCAAGCCCGCUACGAGCUAAGUAUCCUUAUGCUUUGCUUGCGUGACGCCAUUGCCUUGGGGAACUACAAAACCACGGACCGGUUCGACCAGAGCGUAUUCGACGCGAUUGGAGAUUUAUCCGUAACCCUCCAACUGCUCGACAUGAUAGAGGCCCCCAUUUCAAAUCCAGAGGCCAAAUCGUGGAGGGCACAACAGCCUACGAACAUGACCGACGCGUUUUCCGCUACUUAUCGCGCUAGUAUGGGCGCUGCUAGUCAUGUAGCCGGGAUUGCAAACUUGGUCGAGCCAUUGACCAAGACCAAGACCCCAGCUGUGUUAGAGAAGAUAUGGGAGACGAUCAAUCAGACAUAUGUGGCGCGCGCUGGGAUGGAUGUCGACAUCCUGUGGGGUCUCGAAGAUAGCAUGAAUCCCGAACCUCAAUGGUCCGCCUGGGCCCUCACAUCCACGAAAUUGGGGGACGACGAGGCCGAGAAGAACCGGCGCGCCCUCGUCCGGAAAACCCACCCACGCGACGACCUUCCGGGACGUAAACAGCGUCUGCUGGCGAUCGCUGCCGAGCCGACCCAAUCCGACGAUAUACCCCCCGGGUUGGUUUCUGACACCGAGGAUGAGGACAUCCAGGAGUGGGAGACGGAAGAUGAUGCGUAUUCAGAGGGAGAGGAGGUGGGGGAAGAGGAGCAGAGCUAUUGGGACCAGAUUUUGAAGAAUCACAAAGAGCAAGAGAGGAAGCGCGAGGCUGACAAGGCCAAGGAGAAGGAAAAGGAGAAGGAGAAGAGUCCAGAGGGGAGGAUGAAUCCUUUUAAAACCUUGUUUCGUUCUCUUAAAGGUCGGUUCUUGACAAAAGAUCCGGCCUUCAAGAUGAACAUGGCGACCACCCAGCCAAAGAAGAAGAAGAAAAAGACCAAGAAGAAGCCGGCUGGAGGUGCUGGAGGGGAUGACGAUAUGCCCGGGCUUAUCCCCACAUAUCCGUACCGACACACACCGGCCGAUCUGCCUGCCCUGAUUCCGCUCAGCGUCGCGAACGAGCGGUUAAAGGCCAAGCAGUCGAGCGCGGGGGGGCUAAGAGCUGAGGCGAAAAAGCCGAGUGUGACGGUUGAGGAGUUGGAGGAUCCUGAUGCCGGUGGGGCGGGCGGUGGUGGUGCGGGUGGAGGGAAAAAGAAGAAAAAGAAGAAGAAAAAGACGAAAAAGGCCGGCGAACAGGAACAACAGGAAGAUGAAGACGACGACGAAGGCAGGCCGUCUACACCCCCUCCCCCUCCCGCUCGCUCUGCAUCUGCCUCGGCGUCCAAGUCGCCCACCAAGACCAAAGGCGCCAAAUCGCCCAAGUCUCCGUCGGGCAGUCUGGGCGGGGCCGCGGCGUCCCUGUCCUCGCUCUACACCCCCCAACCCGAAACCGCGCAAUCGGCCCAGUCGUACCUCAAAUCAGAGGGCAUCGCGCCCAAGUCCAAGACCAAGUCUCGUCCCGAGGAAUCCCAGCUGGACAAGCUCGGAUCGUUCAUGUCCCUGUCGUAUAUGAAGAGCGUCAGAGCCAAGGCGAUCCCGGCCUGGGAGAAGAUUCUGGGCGUGGAUGAUACCAAGGGACAGGGCGGAUUGGAGUGGAAUGAAUUUGUCAAGGCGAUGAUUGAGCUUGGGUUCGAGUACGACGAGUCUUCGGCUGGGAGUCGUGUCCGGUUUGAUCCUCCUGAUAAAAAGGACAAGUCGUAUACGGUGCAUAAACCUCACCCGGACCCAUGGUUGCAUCCCAAGCGCGUCAAAGACAUUGCUCGCGAUCUCAAGAAGAUGUAUGGCUUUGACGAAAAGAUGUUGGCAGACCAUGUCCCGCCAACCUACUACGCGCUCCAUGACCCAGGACGAACACUGGCCCACGCUCGGUGCCGCAGCUGCCAAGAUCUCCGUUUCUGGCUCCAAACCUGUUCCCCCGCUCGUUCGCAGCCGGCCUGCGCGAGUGGCAACUCGACAGAUUCGGGUCAGGGCUUUGCAAAGGCUUUAACUGGAGUGGGGGAUCACAAAUUGACGACUGGGGCGGGUAUCAAUAUUGCGCCUCCGAUCAGAAUCACGACUCACAGUUCAGAUGUACGAUUGUCCCCUCCACCUGAAGCUAGAGUGGCUACUUGGAGCGAGAUUGCGAGGAGACUGACUCCACCUCCAUUGGCUGCUUCGCCUGUUCUCUCGUCUGCUAUUGCUGUUGCUGUCGUCCUUCCCAAGGCGAAUGUUGUCCGUACCCCUACCACGUCCUCUUCCACCGCUACCAUCACCACUACCAGGCGAUCCAUACCCCCAACCCAACUCGCCAUUCCCGCCCCAACCGACAAUUUCCCUCCCUUGCCGUUGUCGCCCUCGCCGGCCGUCCUGAACAAAGAUACCAAACCUGGCCCAACGCGCAAGAACUCGUAUGCAACUGCUACUAUUGCCGCGGCCGUGACCGCUACGACCACCAAGGCGCGACCAGCUGUCAAUAUCGUAACGACCAGCGCUUAUGUCGGUUCCAUGGGCAGUGUUUCGGAAAGCCCCGUGUCGUACAUUACUCCCAAAUCGAGGGGGAAGGUGAUUACGUUGAAUAUUGGGGGUGCCAGCCCGCGUGUAUCGAGUGCGAGACCCGAAAGCCCCGCGGUGGCUCCUUCUCAGAACGGCCUUCCUCGGGCUUCUAUGCACGCCAAGCAUCGUAGCACGCCGACUAACAUGCUUAGUCCGCCUGUGAUUCCAGGACGCAAUCGUAGCGCGAGUGUUGCGAGUGUUUCGUCCGUUGCGACAAGUAUCGCAACGAGCGUUAUCACCACCUCGUCUCGUGGACCUGCAUCCUCAAAGACGUCAGUUUGCCAUACCCCAACGAACGACGAUACGGAAUGGGAGCGCAGGUUGACUGAACUAGCUCAGAAUAUGUCAGCAAAAGAACGUGCUGGCUGGGAGAAGAUUCUCAGGUGCGACCCAAAGGAUACGAGCAAGAUGAAAUGGAGCGCUUUCAACAAGGCGUUGACAGCUUUGGGCUUCAAGGCUCAAGCGCGUGGGGGAAGUGAGACGGAAUAUACGCCCGAUCCAGAAUACUUUGGAACCAAGGCUCAACCGAUAUCUUACCAUCGUCCUCACCCUGGUGCCGAUUUCACACUCGGGGAUCUCAAGGCCAAAUCGAACAGUUUCAGGACGCAGUAUCCUUGUGCAGUUAGAGUACUUCACGAGGCUUGGGGGCUCGUUGAUACCCGCAUAGCACCGCCUGAUGCGACACCCCCGAAUCAGGGCAGGGUCAUCGUUCGUGCAGAUGCUAAAAGGUCUGUGCAGGACCGACAAUCGACGCGUUUCCCUUACCCCGAGGAGGAAGAUCGACUCUUUGCGCGUAAAUCCCGACGUAUCACACAUAUGCUCGCCCACGGUCGUAACGUCCAUGAACUGUUUAUCAGUUCGACUUCGCGGGUUGUGCGCAUGUACAAUCUCGGAUUGGACGCUGGAAAAGCGAUUACCGGGCUUUUGAAUGCGCAUGGUGUUAUGCUGCCCGUUUCGGCAUGGUCUCUCCACGAGCAGUUUGGUGGUGCCCCUCCAGGCCAAGAAUCCUCCAUUUGGUGUGUUUUUCGAACCCACGACGACGCCUGUCGUGCUCUUCGACUCGACGGACUGACCUCAGUCUCUAUCGCCUCUGCACUCGAAGACGAUCUCCAACCGUUUACAAAGCUUCGUCGAUUCGAGAUGUACGACGAACAUGAAUCUUCGCUCAACAUCAAUUUUAGUUCGCUAUUGGAACGCAAGACUUCUUUCGAACGACACCCAAUGCUCGAACGGACCCCUCCUUCGACCCGCCCAUUGCUGCCCUUUGAACGCCCAACCCCGAGUUCGGCUCAAUUCGACUCGGCUCCUGGCUUUAUGAUUUCGACCAAUCCCCCUUCGCCUCGUCCCGCGUUCAAGCAAGGCGAUUGGAUUUGCCUCACUCCUUCCUGUACUGCACACAACUUUGGUCGCAACACGACUUGUAUUGCAUGUGGCGCUCCUCGCCCACUUGACAUCGGCAUGUCUAUGCCGAAGCCAUCCACCGACUAUGAUCGCUAUUUCGACCACCGUGCAUCACUGCCACUCAGCCCACCCCCGCCCCGCCGCUUCGACCCGCUCCCAUCCGCGGGAAAACAGCAGCCCCCACGACUGCCUUCUAUUCUGACCCCAUCCGGACGGGCCUUUGCUCGCGGCGGCCGCAUCCAGAAUGUUUCCCUAUCCCCUCGGCUCCCCUCGUCAUGUUCUGGCCGGAACGAACCCCUGCCCCAGGCAUCUCAAAUUCGUCCUCCGUUCGCACCGGGCGCCCACCCUCCGAUUAUGAACACCGGCAAUCGCGGCCCGGUCGAGCACCAGCCGGGAGACUGGUACUGCGGCAAGUGCUCCUACAUGAACUGGAGGAGGCGGAAAGUCUGCCAGACUUGUUACCCAUUCGCCGAUGGAAAUGCCGAGCGCAUCAACAUGCUCGCCCAAAUGAUCAGUGUCGAUGCUCUCAAUCACCCAGAGCCCACCGGACUUGGAGGAGGUCUCGGACUCUGCCUUUCGCCCGUGUCUCCGCCCGCACGCAACUACUCGUUCCCUAGCAAGAACACAAACCCUGACUCGCUCGUUUCGUCCUUUGGCUCCAUGUCGCUCUCUCCCUCGUUUCCCACACUGCCCCUCAAUCCCCCUCGCGCUUCUAUGCUUGAUCGUCGUGCUUCCGUCGAUCACGCUGCAGGGACCACCACGAGCCGUUCAAUCACAUCUCACAUGCUCCGGACCCGCCAAUCAGAUGCCUCCCUUCGUCUUUCGGGCGCUGCGUUUUCGAUGCGCACCAGGGCGAGUGACGCGGGUCUAGUCAGUCUUGGACGGGCCGAUACGACUCAAGGGCUUGGUCUCGCUCGUCAUCGGCCGAGCGACGAGCCCGAUGCGGGUCUUACGUACGGUCUUGGCCGUCGUUCGUCCGUCGCCAACAUCUGGGCUGCGGAUAACACCCCGCCCCACGGUCUCUGGCCCGACUUGCGCGCCUAA